GUUAAGACAAGAUUUUUGACCCUUAAAUAAAUUUCAAAAACUAAUCUUCUAAACCAAAAAACGUAGCAGUCCUUUUAAAACAGACAAAAAGGAUAAAAAUUGCAGCACAAAUUGAGACUGACGGAGUACAGAUUUAGCUGGCCUUAGCUUUUUAAAAAAAGUUGUGGAUAUGCUGGCGACGGCUGGCAUGAUGUUGUUGAUGAAGGUGAUGGCGGAUAUCGCCGCUUUAACUAUCGUUGCUGCCAAAGACGGCGCGGUAGGGGGUAAUUUUCCGGCGGGGGUACUGAAUUUGGAAAGAGUGUUGCCUCUGAAUCAUAAGGUGGAGUUGGAGGAGCUUAUAGCUAGAGACCGAGCUAGACACUCUCGAAUUUUGCAGAAUUUCGCCGGCGGAGUCGUCGAUUUUCCAGUUAUAGGUUCAUCCGACCAAUUUAUCUUCGGCCUUUAUUAUACAAAAGUAAAACUGGGAUCUCCACCAAGAGAAUACAAUGUGCAGAUUGAUACUGGGAGCGAUAUCUUGUGGGUUACAUGUCGUUCCUGCAACAAUUGUCCUCAAACAAGUGGACUUGGGGUUGAGCUCAACUUCUAUGAUGCUGCGAGUUCAUCAACUUCAUCUCUCAUCUCUUGUUCAGACCCAAUGUGUGCUUCAACUGAGUGCUCUAGUGAAACAAAUCAGUGUGCUUACACCUUUCGUUACGGAGACGGAAGUGGCACAACAGGCUAUUACGUGUCAGAUUUAUUAUAUUUUGACACAUUCCUCGCAACCUCGCUGAUUGCCAACUCUUCAGCACCAAUUGUUUUUGGGUGCAGUACCUCUCAGUCUGGGGACCUGACCAAGAUGGAUAGAGCAAUUGAUGGGAUUUUUGGGUUUGGUCCACAGGACCUUUCAGUAAUAUCUCAACUAUCUGCACGUGGAAUUUCUCCAAAAGUGUUUUCACAUUGUUUGAAAGGAGAGGGCAAUGGUGGAGGUAUACUAGUUCUUGGUGAGAUUUUGAAUCCGAGCAUCGUUUAUAGCCCCCUUGUUCCAUCACAGGGUCAUUACAAUGUAUAUCUACAGAGCAUUGCCGUCAAUGGGCAAACUUUGCCUGUUGAUCCAGCAGUUUUUGCAAUCUCUGGUGAUCGAGGAACCAUUGUUGAUUCUGGUACAACUUUAGCUUAUCUUACCGCAGAAGCUUAUGAACCCUUUGUCAAUGCGAUAACUGCCGCUGUUUCACCUUCAGCCAGGCCAGUCAUAUCAGGAAGAAGGCCGUGCUAUCUAGUUUCCUCAAGCAUAGCGAAUAUGUUUCCUCUAGUUUCUCUAAACUUUGCUGGUGGUGCAUCCAUGGAUUUAAGACCAGCGGACUACCUUGUGCAUAUGGGCUUUUAUGAAGGUGCUGCUAUGUGGUGCAUUAGCUUUCAAAAAGAUAAUGCAGGCGUAACAAUUUUAGGAGAUCUUGUUCUUAAAGAUAAGAUCAUUGUCUAUGACUUGGCUCGGAAAAGAAUUGGAUGGGCAGAUUAUGAUUGUUCAUCACCUGUGAAUGUUUCUACAACCUCUGGCAAGGAUGAAUUUAUCAAUGCUGGACAAUUAAGUGUGAGCAGCUCAUCAAGCAGGGUGCACUUUAAUCAACAACAUGCUAGAACUAAUGUUCGUCGUUUACCUUUUUUGGUGCUGAUGAUAGGUUUCCCAUUUUGGAGCUUGACUUCAGUUUUAUCUUGCCAUAUUUUCCUCAACGUUUGAUAUACUUUGCUAAUUAAUAUUAAUAGCAGUUGGCUAGCAAUUGCAGCGUCAAUUUGAUUCAUGCAA